AUUUCCAGAAUACUCUACAUCUUUCCUAAACCAAGUAAUUUUGAAGAAAGUAAAAAAAGGAGAAGUUGACACAGGCAAGAACGGUGAGGCCCCAGCAUUUCCUUGACAUUUCCCUGGUGUUUCCCAACUUCGGCUUUCACAAGAGAGAACAACCUGCUUCUGCCUGAAGCAAAUUUCUGACUACAAAACAAAUUGUGCCCAGUCAUCACCUGUAACUAGAGAUUCCAGAAGGCAGAGUGCACAGCUGUGUGUGCCAGCAGGGCCAGACACAGGUAACACACACGUGGAGAGGUCACACACAGCCCAGCGCCAGAGGGGCUCGGCGUCGCACCGGGCUUUGCUCCACUGGGCUGUGCAGGUGAAUGCAAACACUCCCAGCACAUUUCAAUAAAGCUUUCUCAGUCAAAGAUGUUUUGGUCACUUAAAGCCCACCUGAAUAUCUGCUCAGACACAGCACGCACUCAGUCACUAAUGCAAACUCAUUUAAUGGUUCAUGGAUGGACUCCUUGGAGCUCCAGGGGUCCCAGUGCCUCACAUGCUCCUCUCUGGGCCCUGAGUACCAGCACAGCUCAUCUCCCCCACAACAGCCUUGGCUGGGCAGUAGCAGGCAGGUAUCAGAAGUAGAUUUUUUUUAAUCAGUAUUGAAUAUAUAUAUAUAUAAAGAAGCUGCUAGAUGCUGAAGCUAGCUUUCCGUGAGAGCUCUGUAAAAUGGUAGGGUUUGCAGCUCACUUGAGGAGGGAAUAGAUUUGUGGAUGGAGCUCAGAACAAAGAUUUGCACACAAUAAACUUCAGAAUUUUCAAACUAUCACUAAUAAAGAGUAGUACAUUAUCCAAAUGCAAUUCCAGGCUGCUAUGCAUACAAUGGCCAUAGGAAAAGAUAUUUUCAAUUUUCUUUACUGUUUACAUAAGCUGUAUGAUUGGGUAUGCCUAAAGAACAGCAUUACAAUUAUACAAAGACUUUUGCAAGGCUCGUUCACAUGACAUCCUGUUAAAAUUAACAGCACUAUAAACAAAACAUUAUAAACGCUCUCACCCUCGUAUUGCUUUGGGAAAAUCAGAUAAAGAUUUCCUGUAGAAAUCUGUAAAAUCCUACGAGCUGAGCUAUAAUAUACCUGACAACACAGUGAUAGCCUGCUCCGAGGAGCCGAAACUCAAAAACAGUAUUUUAAAGUUAUGACAAUAUAUUCUGGCAGUGUAGCUUUAAAAAGCUUAAGCUAGAAAGCCUAAAUUCACAUUAACCUCAGCUACAGGAGGAGAGGUUAACAGAAGGCAGAAGGAAGCCAAGCUGACCUGCCAUUUCAAAGAGAAACGUGCAGUGGGGCGGCAGCCCGAGCGCCGGGGCGUGCGGGGGGAGCCCAGCCGGGAGCAGGCAGCCCCAGCUGGGAGGGAGCAGCAGCAGGGCUGGGGAGCAGGGCACUCCCUGCCCCAGCCCCAGCCCAGCCCCGGCAGGUCCCUGGCAGGGCUCGGGGCCGGCUCUGCAGUGCCCACAGGAUCAGGUGGUUGCGGAGCCGGGCGCAGCCGUACGAUGCAGCUGAGACAGGCACAGCCCCCGGCAGCCUCUGGAGCUGCUCUCCAGAACAAGGCGACCUCUAAGCUCCAAUCCAUCACAGAAACGAUGUGCUGAUACUGCAGGACACCACGGCAACAAUGGAAUACCAGAUAUUGAAUACAUCUACCUGUCUGCUGGUCCUUCUGGUUUUCAUACCCACUGGUUUGGGUAUCUGUCCUUCUAGCUGUAAGUGCUCAGGAAACGACAGGAAUGUGGACUGUUCAGGCAGAAACUUAACUGUACUGCCCCAGGGACUUCAAGACAACCUCACAUAUUUAAAUCUGUCCUUUAACCAGUUUGUAGAUCUCGAUCAUCAGCUAACGAGGUUCACCAAUCUGAGGACCCUUGAUAUUUCAAAUAAUUGGCUCAAGAAUGUUCCUGCUCAUCUGCCCAAGUCCUUAUGGGAAUUAUAUGCCACAAACAACAACAUUAAAGUUCUUCAGAAACUUGAUACAGCUUACCAGUGGAAUCUUAGAGUGCUCGAUAUUUCCAGGAAUAUGGUGGAAAGAGCUGUCCUGAUCAACAACACACUGAGCAGUCUCAAGUUUCUCAAUCUCAGCAGCAACAAACUUUGGACAGUUCCAACCAAUAUGCCCUACAACAUAGAGACAGUGGAUCUAUCCAAUAACUUCUUGUCCCAGAUACUCCCAGGAACACUGGUGAGACUGCAACACCUCACAAGCCUCUACCUGCACAACAACAAGUUCUCAUACAUUCCCGACAAAGCUUUCGACCAGCUCUCCCAGCUGCAGGUAAUAACUCUGUACAACAACCCCUGGUCCUGCAGCGACAACCAAAACAUCCCUUACGUGCUGCAGUGGGUGCAGGGCACAGCUGCCCGCGUGCUGGGGGCCCCCUGUGCUGAGCAGCCCUGGCCCAGCACCGCCCCGGCGCCGGCCCAGCCCACGGCCCUGGACUCCAGCCCCAUGAUCAAAGGCACGAAGGCAGCGGACAGGGAGGCUGAGCCCACCCAAGUGACCAAAAGGCACAAACAACUGAAAGCCAAGGAAGUCCCUCCCUUGGUGACCCAAAGGCGCCCGGCCCCGUUCCCCGGCACAGACGGCCCCCAGGAGGCCGCGGCCACCCGCACAAUCCUCGUCCAGGACUCCACCGAGGGCAACGCCAGCCUGGCCCCGGCCACGGGAUCCUCCACCACCCCCAUGACUUUAAGCAUCACCAGUGGAAUGCCAACAAACUACUCCAAGAUGCCUCAAAGCACAACCGCUACCUUAAGGAAGGAGGAGGCCACGCCAGGCGUGCCCUCCCGCGCCAGCCGCUGGCAGAUGGGGCUGCUCUGUCUGGCACUGCUGCACACCGUGGCCAAGGCCAUGGACUAAGGGCUUGCACCCUGUGGAAACUACUGAGGUUAUUCCUGUGAUAACAGCUGGAGUUAACACAUCCGGCUGAAAUAACGAACGAAAGAAAUUCAAAGUCCUGACUCUGAUCUAAAGAAAGUAACAGUUCUUAAAGAUGCGCACACUAAUGUCUUGAUACUAAGCUGCUACUUAUUUUCAUACGUCUUAAUUGAGUACAACUAACCUAUUAUUUUGUUUUUAAAACUGUGCUUAUUUUGUAUUUAAAUUUUUCAUUUUACUUGCACAGAAUAAACACAUCAGAAUUUUAAGUACUGAUUUUACGUAUGAUUUUGUCAUUGAACAACUGGAAAAAAACAGAAGGCCUGUAUCAUAUCUGCAUUGUCUUGCUUGACUUGCCAGUGAGCAAUUCCUGUAAUAUAGCAGCGCAGAUUCUUCGUAAGUUAUGAUGACAUGCAAAAGAAAGGGAAAAAAUAAAGGAACUAAACUGAACUGUUUCACUAAUCAGAAGUUAUUCCUGAGCAAAAUCGCUAGCAUGUAUAUCUACGUUUGCUUCAUAUGUAUUAGAGCAUUUUAAAUAUGAAGAACAACAGUUUUGAAUUUAGGAAUUAAAUAUGACAAUGCCAUGAUGUCUGCUAAGAGGGUGUAAACUGAGAUGGCAACAUGGUCCAAUUCAGCAUGGGACAGGGGUAGGGGCCAGUAUCCUUCUGCUCUGGCUUCACUUAGAGACUGCAGGCAAAUUAUUGCUCUCUCCAUAUUAAAAAAAGAAAAAAAAAAAAAGAAGAAAAAAAAAAGAUAAAAAUAGAGAAAAAUGCCAGAUGUUCAAUGCCAUGACACUGUCAAACACCAAGGAGUUAUCUACCCAAAUUAAUGACCUGGAACUCCUUGACUUUAUGUCAAGUGACAUCCUGAAAUGUUAAUAUGUUCUGCUUAAAAGAAUACCACAAAUCAGGCAGAACGUAGCAGACCACUAUCAGUAAAAUGAAAUAUCAGCUGAUUUCUAACACAAGUCAUGUAAGAAAUCAAUGAAGCAGUUAGCUGGUGAGCUGCCAUUGAAACAUUCCUGACUCUUGUGACUCCAAGAGCAUGAAUCCAGUCCAUGGCACUGAACAUGCCCAAAUCCCUGCUUUCCAAGGGCGAGCAUGGAUGCUCUUCUCCUCCACAUCUGCACCGUCAGCCAGUAGAAAUAGCUGCACGCAUGGUUCUGUCCACUCUAGGAAAAUUACUUAAAUUAUGGCAAAGGUACUUGAUAUACUACAGAUGAAGUUUUGCAAACAGCAUGAAAUGAAAACUGAAGAACAAGUUAAUUGAAAAAGUAUUAUCCACUUAAUAUUACAGAUCUUAUACAAUGUUUUCCAUUCAUUCCAGGCCAUUUAAUUUCCAGUUAUUGUAGCAUGAAGGUGCUGCAAAACCCAGAAAACCUCACAACCAAGACUGGAGUCCUCUACCUGUUUCUCCUAAGGUGUCAAUGGGGGCUGUAGAUCAUUUACAACUACUGGUAUCAGAGAAAUGACAACUUUCCAAUUGUGAACAGUAUUUCUAUAACCGGAAACGUGUUUUAAUUUCUAACAGUAAACGUUACACAAUGGAUUUGUACAGUUAUUUCAUUGGCAUUUAAGUAAAAAUAAAGUUAUGUUUGUAUUGAACUGAA